AUGGAAGGACAAACAAUACAUUUAUGUGCAGAGAGUGGUGAUCAAGCAGGAGUAGUAAAAUGGAUAUCGUCGGGAGCAGAUGUGAAUCAGCCCGAUAGUUCGAAUCGUUCACCAUUGCAUUAUGCAGCGAUCAGUGGACAUACAAGCAUUGUAGCACUAUUACUGUCUAGUGGAUCAUCGGUCAAUUGUCAGACGAAUCGUGGAGCUACACCUCUACACUAUAGUGCGAGAUCAGGUAAUGUCGAAUGCCUGUCACUUUUACUAGAGAAUGGAGGUGAUGUCAAUUGUCGCGAUAGUUCUGGCAACACACCUCUUCAUGCAGCCAUCAACUGUCACGAAGUCAAAGCUGCAUUGGCUCUUGUUCAAAACUAUGGUUCCGACGUCAACAUUCAAAACAAAGAAGAUCAAUCACCUCUCUUUUUGGCUUGUCAAAUGGGUUACAAAGAUGUUAUCAUUCAAUUAUUAGAAAAAGGUGCUAAAACAAAUGUUAGAGAUAAAUCUGGUAAUACUUGUUUAUCAGUUUUAUCAUUUAUUGAAAUAGAGAAAAAAGAAGAAUUGGAAGAAUUAAUUUAUAAUGGUAAAUCAACAUCAUUGGAAAAUGAUAUUGGUAGUUUAAUGUAUGUUGUAAAAAAAGCAACGACAACUGAAACAAAUGGAAAUAAUACAGCAGAUCAAAUGGAUACAUCUCUUGAAGAUGAAAAUACAAAUAUUGGAAUCUAUUCAGAUAUUACAUUAAUUGUUGAAGGUCAUUCAAUUCCUGCUCAUCGUUCAAUUUUAGCAUCUCGUUGUCCUCAUUUUAAAUCUUUAUUAAAGAAAUCAAACUCUUCUGAAAUUGAAAUUACAGAUGUUAAAUUUAAUUUAUUCAUCUUAUUAUUAGAAUGGAUAUAUAAAGAUAAAUUAAAAGAAAUUAUAAAACCAGAUCAAAUUGAUUUAUCAAGUGCAUUUUCAUUAUUGGUUUUAGCAGAAAGAUAUCAAAUCAAGGCAUUGGUAGGGGUUUGUGAAAAGUUUUUAAUUCAUAAUCUAACUACAACCACUAUUGUAUCGGUUUGGCCAGAAUUGAAAAAGACAUCUAAUCAAUUGAAACAGUCAUGUCCAGAAUUGAUGCGUAGCUGUGCUCAGUUUAUCAUUAAAAACUGGAAUGUCUUGUCAGUUAGCAAGAUGGGUGAUUUAAUGAACAAGGUUGAUUUUGUCAAUCUAAUCAAUAUUUUACCAAUUAAACCAUUUGAUCCAAAUGAACCUAUUGUACCUCAACAACCAACCUCUACAACUACAACUAAACCUUCUAAAUCUAGUAGUAGUGGUAAUUCAAAUGCUCCCGCCACCACCGCCGCCGCUACUACUACUACUACAACACGUCAAUCACGUGCAAGUACAGGUGGAUCAUCAAGUAAAAGUUCAGCAACUCCAAAGAAAUCUCAUUCUACCUCUUCUUCUUCUUCUUCCUCGACUACAUCUUCAGAAUCUACACCAACAACAGAUAUAAUGGAUAAAAAGAAUUUAGAAUUAUGUAAUGGUAUUUAUACUCAAAUAUAUAAACGUAAAAACGCAGAGGUAUUUCAUUAUCCUGUUGAUCCAGUUGCUGAUGGUGUACCAACCUAUCUCGACAUUAUCAAGAAUCCAAUGGAUCUUGGUACCAUGAAAACCAAGUUGGACAAUGGUUCAUACAAGACCAUCAAGGAAUUUGCUGCAGACAUGAGACUCAUGUUUAUCAAUGCACUCACCUUUAAUCUCGAUGGUACUCCCAUUUGGAAACUUGCCAAAAGUCUUCUCCAAAACUUUAAUACAAAGUUUGGUCAAACUUUUCCAUUUGAACCAAUUCCUGAAAUACCUAUAAUUGCUCCAAGUAUAAUAGUAGGAACAAAUAAUAAUAAUAUUAAUAAUAAUAAUAAUAAUAAUCCACCUGAAACUCCUGAAAAAAAACGUAAAUCAACUCCUGCUCCUUCAACUACUGCUACAACAACCAACGUACCAACUCCAACUACAACUGAAAUUAAACCAGAAAAUAUUAAAAAGAAAUAUACAGAUGAUGAUAGAAGAAUUUUAAUGGAAAAAAUCAAUGAUUUAAAUGAAGCACAAUUACAAAACAUUUUAGAUAUUAUAGAACCAAAGGCCAUCAAACAAAAUGAUGAAGGUGUUGAAAUUGACAUAAUUUUUGAAAAAGAGGAGGUAGGAGUAUAUAUAUAUAGAAAGAUGGUAACUAAAAAACCAACAAAAGCAGUAUCUAAAAAGAAACCUGCUGCUGCUGCUUCAACAACAAGAGGUAGAAAAAAGAUUCAACAAGAUCAAUCAUCAUCAGAAGAUGAAAUGAGUGUUGAUGAAAAGAAUAAUAGUAGUAGUGAAGGAGAAGAAGAAUCAAAUAGUGAAUCAGAACAAGAAUCAUCAUCAUCAUCAGAAGAUGAAAAGAAAAAAAAGAAAACAACACCAACUAAACCAAAAGCUAAACCAUCACCUUCAAAAAAGAAGAAACCUGCUGCUGCUAGUAGUAAAAAGAAAGUUAUACAACAACAAGAAGAAAGUAGUGAAGAAGAGGAAUCAGAAGAAGAAUCAUCAUCAUCAGAAGAAGAAUUACCAAAACCAAAACCAUCAUCACAACCAAAAAAACAAUCAUCACAUCAACAAUCUAACAAGAAUCAAAAACAAUUUCAAAUUAAAAAUCUUAAACCAGAAAGAUUAAAUGAUACAACUUAUAUUUCAUCAACAUUACCAUCAAAUAAAUUAAUUAAAAGAUUAAUGAAAAUUGAUAAAUAUUUAUAUCAACAACCAAUAUUAAAAAAUAAUGAAUAUGAUAUAAUAUCAAAAUCAUUAUUAACAAAUUCAUUAUUGGAAACAAAAGAUUCAGAAGUUAAAUUGGUGCUGGCAAGUUGUUUGGCAGAAAUUAUACGUUUGGAUAGUGAAAUAUUGGCUCAAACCUCUUCUACUGCUUCAUUAAAGGUUUAUCAAAUAUUUAAAGAUGAAUUAUUUGGGUUGUAUGAUUUGGAUGAAUCACUUUUCCCACAAUAUUAUCAUCUAGUUGAAAGAUUAGAAUCCAUCAAGAUUUUUUCUGGAUUGGAUCAAGUUGAACCAGAUUCUGUGCCACCAUUUAUUCUCAAAAUGUUGAACGAUUUGGUUGCAAAGGACGGUCUUGCAACAAGUCUUGUUCCACUCUUUGAAAAUAUCAUUAUUAGUACUUUGGAAUCAAUUAAAAAGGUUCCAUCGGAAAUUUGGGAUCGUUUAACUGAAUUUCUACUUGAAGGUGAAAAGAGAAUUGUUGAUCGUACUACUGGAUCAAAAGAUGCAUCUGAAUUACCACCACGUAUCCUAUUGGCAAGAUCAAUCCUCUCUACCAAAUCAUUCAAAGAUCCAUAUCGUUAUUAUCUUCGUAGUUUUCAUUCAAAUGACCUAGCACCAAAAAGUAAACUUCUUCCUCGUCGUAAUGAAAUUCUCUAUUCAGUUUUUAAACUUAAUCCAAAUCUCAUCAGUGUCUAUGAUUUUAGUCAAGAUAUUCACAAUGAAGAUCCUUCCCUAAGAAAACAUUGUGUUAUGGUAUUAUCUAAAUUAUUUACUUCAAGUCUUGAAUUUGAAGAUCAAUAUUCUGAUAUUUUUAUUAAAUUUAUAAAAAGAUUUGAAGAUGCAGAUCCAAAAAUUAGAAUAUUAUUAUUAGAUUUUUCACAAAUUUAUUCAAUAGAUUCAACCUAUGGAGAUGUUAUAUUGGAUUUUAUAACAAAAAGAUUAAGUGAUACGGUUCAUGAAAUUAGAUCGAUGUCCAUUUUUUCGCUGACCAAAUAUAUGAUUAGAAAACCACAAUUGGUAUCGAUCAAGAUUAUGGAAAAGGUUUAUGAUAGAUUGCGUGACAAGGAAACCAAUGUACGUAAAGAUGCAAUCACCAAAUUGGCAACUGUAUUUCAAAUUCUACGUACGGAAAAUGGUGAUCCAAGUAAAUGGGAUGCUCAUUUGAAAAGUUGUUUUGGUAGUAUUCCAACCAAAUUGGUAUCAUGUUUUGGAAUGUAUGAAGUUGACAAGUUUUUUACCGAAGUUUCCAUCGACACUAUUCUUCUUGGUGAUCCACAUGGUCAAAAGAAUAAUGUUCAAGAUAGAACCUAUCGUUUCUUGGAAUUGUAUGGUUAUCUAGACAACAAAUCAAAAGAACAUCUAUUCCAAUUCUUUGAAAAAAAGAGUACUCUUCAACGUGAAUUUACCUUUCUCUACAAUACCGUCGACGAAAAACCAAAAGGUGGUAAAAAGGCAACCGCUCAAGAUGAAGAAAAACAUCAAAAAGAUAUUGAAAAAGCAUUCACCUAUCUCUAUAAUCAAUUACCAAAAUUUCAAAACGAAAAUCCAAAACAUCUUUUAAAAUCCCUAUUUGAUCAUAAAAAGGAAUUUAAAUGGUUAAAAGUUAUUUGUGAUGAAAAUACUACUUAUCAAGAACAACAUAAUAUUAAAGUUGAUAUAUCAAAUAAAAAAUCAACAUCAAAAAAAGUAACAGACCAAAGAUUUUAUGAAUGUAUAAAAUAUCUUGUAUUUUAUCUUAGUUUUGGUAUUAUUGGUAAAGAACAUCUUGCUUACAUUUUUGAUUAUGUCCGUCAAGAUAUAACAUCAAAACCAACUGAUCAUUUUGAUAUUAAAACUUAUUCAAAAGAUAUUAAAUCUUUACCUGAACCUAUAGAAUUAUUAGUUAAAUUAUCAUCAAUAUUUCCAAGUUUAUUUAGAGGAUAUGAAGAAGAAUUAAUAUCAUUUCUUUAUUAUCCAAAAGCAAUUACAAAUGAAUUUCUUUUAAUUUUAUAUAAUACAAUUGAUUCAAAUCAAUUUAGACCUUCAAAAUCAAUUUUAAAAAAACUGCAAGAGAUAUUAAGAAAUUUAUGUGAAAUUGGAUCACCAAAGAUUGUUAAAAUGUCAUUUAGAUUAUUAGAUAGAAUAACAUUAAACAAGGAACAAUUAAAGACUAUAUUAAAGGAGAUGGGAGAGGAAAUGGUAACACAACUUCAAGAACAAUCACCAAAAAAUGUUAUUUCUUCAUUGGUUACACUUGGAUUGAUUGCACGUUUUCAUCAUUCCAUUUUGGAUCAACAAGAAUGCUACGAGUUUAUGGAAAUUUUAGUCUACAAACAAAUUAUGAAUGGUACUUGUAAAUUGGAUGUAAAUACAAAAGCAUUGGGUAAAUUGGAUUAUGCCUAUUCUAAAGAUGCCCUCCUACGAAUUCAUGGUAUCUAUUAUCUUGGAAAUUAUCUUGUUGGUUUACCUUCUGAACAAAUUAAAAGAAAGGUUUUUGAAUUAACUACAUUUUUAUUUGAUAUUAUUUAUCGUCCUGAUAAAUUAAAAAAAUUAUCAUCGAUGGAACAAUAUCAUAUUCAAUUAUCAGUAAAUUUUGAAAUUAUUAGAAUGUUGAGAUAUAAACAUUUUAUAAUGUGUUUUCAACCAGUACAUUUUAUAGCAUUUUGUAAUGUAGCAUCAAUUAGAACCGAGAUUAAAAAUGAUCAUCUUCAACAUCGAUUCUUUAGUAAAUUGGAAAAGGCCAUUAAAUUGAAUCGUCUUCAAAUCAAGUUUAUGGCUGCUUUUGGUAUGACUGCCAAUCAACCAGCUUCCAUUACCACCUCGAUCAAACGACAAGUAUCAUCCAUCAUCAAGAUGAAAAGAAUGGCAAUCUCUAGAACCAAUGUAGAACUAAAGGGUGAAAUCCUUCCAGAACACUCUUUUCCCUACUUUAUCUAUCUCAUCUCUCAUCGUCCCACCGUCGAAAAGGAAUAUCCAAACUUUGAAGAAACUAGUAAAUUCUUUAAAUACUAUACAAAUAUGAUGAUUGAAGAAAAGGAUAAUUAUUCAAUCCUAAUGAACUAUUUAGAUUUCAUUUCUCAAUCUAUGGAUCAAAUGGACCCGUACAGUAAAGAUACUCGUCGUGUUGCAAAACAUGGUCUUCAAAUCUUGGCUCAAGAAUAUAAAGACAAGAAAUGGAAAACUCAAAAAUUCUCUUCUCUCAUGAUCCUACCAGUUGAAUAUUUCCGUUUCAGUAAAGAUAUUGAUUUUGAAGAUUAUGAUAAAGAUACUUCUGAUAAAUUACCAAAUAAUUAUGUUGUAACUACUGGAAAAGGAGCUGAUAGAUUACAUGAAAGUCCUGUUUAUAUUCAACAACAAAAAAAUAAGUUGGAAAAGGAAAAAAAGGAAAAAGAAAAAGAAAAGGAAAAGGAAAAUGAUCCAGAUCAAGAUAUGGAUAAAAGUAAAGAAGAAGAAGAGGAAGUUGAAAAGAAAAGAAAAUCAACUGAUGAUGAAAUAGAAGAAGAAGUAGAGGAAGAGGAGGAAGAAGAAAAUGAAGAAGAAAAAGAGGAAAAAGAAGAAGAAGAAAAAGAGAUUAAAAAACAAAAAACAAAGAAAAUAAAUUAA